CUACUGAGAUAGAGGAGGGAAAAUGUCAUUACAAGAAGAUUACUAUGUAAGUGGUUGCGGGGAAGGCGACAGUAGACAAGGAAUGACGGACAACGGUGAUAAACAACUUCCAACGGGCGAAAUUUGGUGGCUAUAUCAAUGAUGUGUACUCUGCGGCGGCUUGAACGAUAUAGGGCUGCUAAGGCUUGAUGGAAUGUCGGGUGCGGUAACUGGUAAGGGGCUUCUACUAGUUCAUGGAAGAUCUGGUGUGAUAAGCUACAUUAUGUUUUGGGUAGAGUUGCUGACGUGGCAGAUUUUUAUUGACUGUUAAAGCCAAAACAUCAGCCCGACCGCUUCAAAGCGUUUUUGCUCAGGGUAUUUACGCUUUCUUGAUUCAUUGAAAGAGUAAUGUAAUAAAAGAUUAGAUGGAGAUGGAUUCAUCUGAAUAUUCAACUUCUCCGCCCAAAUCAGAAUCGCAAAAGGGCAUGGCUUUCCGCAAUCCAUAAUCCAUAAUCCACUCUCCUCUCUCUCUCUCUCUCUCUCUCUCUCUCUAUAGUAGUUAUCUCUGCUCGUCCACUGGGAAAUGUUGAAGGCGUGGAAAUGGUACCAGAACUGCUUGGCCGUCCACCCAGUUAAGACACAGGUCAUCAGCUCAGGUGUGAUAUGGGGUUUUGGAGAUAUAGCCGCCCAGACCAUCACUAAUUACACUGCCAAGAAGCAUAAUCAAAUUCAGGAUGAAGACAAAGAAUUGAAAAUCAAUUGGAAACGAGUGGCUACAACCAGCUUGUUUGGGUUUGGUUUUGUUGGGCCAGUUGGCCACUUCUGGUAUGAAGGUUUGGACCGAUUUAUAAGAUUUCGUCUCCUAUUACGGCCCAAUUCCUUCCGAUUUGUUGCUACUAAAGUUGCUGUUGAUGGGUUCCUCUUUGGCCCAUUGGAUUUACUUGUUUUUUUCACUUACAUGGGGUUUUCAACUGGAAAGAGUGUCCCUCAAAUAAAAGAAGAUGUGAAGAGGGAUUUUCUCCCGGCCUUGAUUUUGGAAGGAGGCAUAUGGCCAAUUGUUCAAGUUGCAAAUUUCCGAUACAUACCUGUGAGAUAUCAGCUUCUUUAUGUCAACUUCUUCUGCUUGUUGGAUAGUUGUUUUUUGUCAUGGAUUGAGCAACAACAGGAUGCUCCCUGGAAGCAAUGGUUAAAAUCUUAUCUACCUUUGAAGGAACAAAAAGGCCAAGGUGGGUGAUUUCUGGUCAAACUUUUUCAUCUUUCAUCUAGGCCUUGCUCUGAUCAUGAUGGAGAUACAUGUCAAGUAAAGACUUCAUUGAUAGCCCAAAAAUACCAACUUCUGUUUUAAGUUGGGACAUGGGAAGCGAUGAAACUAUUUUUCUCACAUUGAUUUGUUUUCACUUGGAAUAUGAGGAAAUUGGCAUUGCUUGUAUUCUAUCAUGUUUAAUCAAUAAAGAUCUUUUUUUUUUUUU